AUGGAAGGUUCCUCAUGGCGCAAUGCCGUACAACGGCGCAACCACAAAGAGCGAUCUCAACCCGUCGGUCGAGCCAAGCUGGGCUUGCUCGAGAAGCACAAGGACUAUGUACUGCGAGCCAAGGAUCACCACAAGAAGCGCGACAUGCUCAAGCGCCUCUCCGAAAAAGCAGCUAUGCGCAACAAGGAUGAAUUCUACUUUGGCAUGAUCAACUCUUCCACACGAAACGGCGUCCAUCAACACGCACGACCGAGCGAACAGUUGGACAAUGAUGUUGUGGCGCUGCUGAAGACGCAGGACGUGGGGUAUGUGAGGGGUCAGAUCAUUGCGGAGAAGAAGAGGAUCAAGGGGUUGGUGGAGAGGAUCGCCCCGAGCGUGGCUGGAUUGAAGAGCGAGUGGUUGGACGAGAAGGACAACAGGCGGGCGACAUUGCAGAGAGCAGGCUUGCUGGAGGAAGGUUCCAAGAAGGGGCCCAAGAGACAGGGCAGUGGAUUGAUCGGUGCACAAGGGAAGAAGACGGUCUGGCUAGACGAUGCUGAUGCAUUACGGUCAUAUCAGUCAGCUUCGGCGAGCAGCUCGACCUUGCCAUCAGACCACAUCGACGAAGGUCUCGACAGAUCUUGGAUCGAUGACCUCCCAUCUGACGCCUCUGACAUCGAAGACGAUCUCACAACACCUACAACAUCAUCCCCAUCAUCAUCAUCAUCAUCGCUGAAAAAGGGCAACAAACAUCUUGGCUACCUCACCACCGAGCUUGCAUCCAGAUACUCGCGUCUCGAUCAGCUUCAACUUGCUGCCGAAAAGUUGAACCUCGUAAGGGCGUUGAUGACGCACAAAGGUGGAAGCAGUAGGGUGGUCAAGGCCAAGAAGAAGGAGAGUCUGACGGAUGCAGUGAUGAAGGGCAAGAUGACGAGCAAUGGGUUGGCGUUGCAGGAUACGGAUGAUGAGGAUGAGGAGGGGGAGAAGGUGAAGCCCAAGAAGCUGUACAAGUUUAGUAAGGAGAGGAAGCGCUGA